ACGGUAGAUGGUGCUAUAGUUCACAUUCACGCUUCGAUGUUAAGAAUACGAAAGGUUCUUCCUGUCGCUUGUUGUAAACACGUGUGCAAGUGGACCACAUAACUAAUCCAAGAAUAUCUCCAAAUCUGUCAAAAUGCCUAAAGUAAAAGCAGAGAAAAAAUCUCGACAGCAUCAGGAGGUGAAAAGCCAAGGUAUUAUGUUCAAUACUGGCAUUGGCCAACACAUCCUGAAAAAUCCUCUGGUUGUCAACGGUAUCAUUGAAAAGGCUGCGCUUAGACCGACAGAUGUGGUGCUGGAAGUUGGACCUGGAACUGGUAACAUGACCGUGAAACUCCUGGAAAAGGCAAAAAAGGUUGUAGCCUGUGAGUUGGACACUAGGUUGGUUGCAGAACUUCAGAAGAGAGUACAGUGCACACCAAUGCAGACAAAGCUACAGAUCUUGAUUGGAGAUGUCCUGAAAACAGAACUGCCCUUUUUUGACGUCUGUGUUGCCAACUUGCCCUACCAGAUUUCAUCUCCUUUUGUGUUCAAGUUACUGCUUCACCGGCCUUUCUUUAGGUGUGCAGUCCUGAUGUUCCAGAGGGAAUUUGCCAUGCGACUGGUGGCCAAGCCCGGUGACAAGCUGUACUGCAGGCUUUCCAUAAACACACAGCUGCUCUCACGAGUAGAUCAUCUCAUGAAGGUGGGAAAAAAUAACUUCCGUCCACCCCCUAAAGUGGAAUCCAGUGUGGUUAGAAUAGAGCCAAAGAAUCCUCCACCUCCAAUUAAUUUCCAGGAGUGGGACGGUUUGGUUAGAAUCGCAUUUGUUAGAAAGAACAAGACACUCAAUGCAGCCUUCAAGUCCACAGCAGUGGAACAGCUACUGGAGAAGAACUACAGAAUCCACUGUUCUCUGCACAACAUUGACAUCCCACAAGACUUCAGUAUCACAGCCAAAAUUGAAAGCGUUCUCCAAGAGGCAGGAUUCAGUGAAAAGCGGGCUCGUUCCAUGGACAUAGAUGAUUUCAUGGUACUUCUCCAUGCCUUCAACUCUGCUGGGAUCCACUUCUCAUAACCCUGAAGGAGCAACCCCUGGAUUGUAUCAAAACAGCCUUCAGUGAGGAGAAUAACACAGAGGACCCCUAAACUGAUGAAAACAGCUGUGAGCCAAUAGUGGUACUUCAUUUGAGAGACCAUCUUCAGAUUCUGAACUGCCGCUGCUGUGUAAAAUGAACAUUGCAUCAAAACCGGCACACAGAUUUCUAUAGCGUUGCAAAUAUCACAAACUAUGUCAGGGGGAAGAGCAAUAAGACUGUUUUAAUGUGUGUAAAAUAAGCAGUUACAUAAUUUAUGGAUGUACGAUGUGUUGCUUGACCCUUGACUAUACAUCUGUUCUAUAUGUCUUUGUAAAUACCUUAACCUAACUAAAACUUUGAAAUCCAACUUUAAAAAUCAAAAGGAAUCAUCUCCACCUAGUAACUCAAAAACUGUCCUGAAAUCACAAGAAAUCCCUAAUAAUGCUUAAAAACCUGUCUUGAAAGGACUGACCAACAGUC